UGAUUUCAUCAAACAAAAUCUUUUUUCCAAAAGCUUUCGUUUUGUUUUAAGAUUUUUAACUGUUUUAAUAUAACUCAGUAAUAUAAAUAAUAUACUAGAACAUUUUUCAUUAUAAAGCUUUCAUACAUAUACUGGUAAUAUGGACGCAAAACCAACGAAAAUGCCCAAAGUGGCAAAGGUUAAGAAUAAAGCACCAGCAGAAAUUCAAAUAACAGCGGAACAGUUGCUGAGAGAAGCUAAAGAGAGAGAUCUUGAAAUAUUGCCCCCUCCACCGAAACAAAAGAUCUCGGAUCCCGAAGAGCUCCGAGACUAUCAACAUCGCAAGCGGAAGGCAUUUGAAGACAACAUUCGAAAGAAUCGCAUGGUAAUUGGCAACUGGCUCAAAUAUGCUCAGUGGGAAGAGUCUCAGAAGCAGGUACCAAGGGCACGGUCCAUUUAUGAGAGAUCAUUGGAUGUGGACCACAGAAAUGUUACCCUAUGGCUGAAGUAUACUGAAAUGGAAAUGAGGAACCGUCAAGUAAACCACGCUCGUAACCUGUGGGAUAGAGCCGUGACCAUUCUCCCGAGAGUGUCACAGUUCUGGUACAAGUACACUUACAUGGAAGAGAUGCUGGAGAAUGUGGCUGGAGCUCGGCAGGUGUUUGAGAGGUGGAUGGAGUGGCAACCAGAUGAGCAAGCUUGGCAAACUUACAUUAACUUUGAGCUGAGGUAUAAGGAAAUAGACAGAGCAAGGCAGAUCUAUGAACGGUUUGUCAUGGUUCACCCUGAUGUUAAAAACUGGAUUAAAUAUGCUAAGUUCGAAGAAAACCAUGGAUUCAUCAAUGGAGCUAGGAAAGUCUUUGAAAGAGCUGUAGAGUUCUUUGGUGAUGAGGAUUUAGAUGAGCGUCUUUUUAUUGCAUUUGCUAAAUUUGAGGAAAAUCAAAAAGAACAUGACCGUGCAAGAGUAAUUUACAAAUAUGCCUUAGAUCAUAUUCCUAAAGAGCGAAACAAGGAGCUGUACAAAGCAUACACCAUUCAUGAGAAAAAGUAUGGAGACAGAUCAGGAAUUGAAGAUGUCAUAGUCAGCAAGAGAAAAUACAUGUAUGAACAAGAGGUUAUAGAGAAUCCCACAAAUUAUGAUGCAUGGUUUGACUACAUAAGACUUGUAGAAAAUGAAAGUAAUAUUGAUGUCAUAAGAGACACAUAUGAAAGGGCGAUUGCGAAUGUCCCUCCUUCUAAGGACAAGCAGUUCUGGCGGCGCUACAUCUAUUUAUGGAUUAAUUAUGCGUUGUAUGAAGAACUGGAAGCCGAAGACUUGGAAAGAACAAGGCAAGUAUACAGAACUUGCUUGGAGUUGAUCCCACAUAAAAUAUUUACAUUUUCCAAGAUUUGGCUAAUGUAUGCCCAAUUUGAAGUCAGAUGCAAGGAUUUGAAACAAGCAAGAAAAACACUUGGUUUAGCAUUGGGUAUGUGUCCAAGAGACAAAUUAUACAGGGGAUAUAUUGAUCUGGAAAUACAACUGAGGGAAUUUGAUAGAUGCAGGAUUUUGUAUCAGAAAUUUCUAGAGUAUGGCCCAGAGAACUGCAUAACCUGGAUCAAAUUCGCCGAGUUGGAAACAUUGCUUGGCGACAUUGACAGGGCACGGUCAAUAUAUGAGAUAGCAGUGGCUCAACCACGACUUGAUAUGCCAGAGUUACUGUGGAAGAGCUACAUUGACUUUGAAGUGUCUCAAGGAGAGACCGAAAAGGCGAGACAACUGUACGAGAGGCUGCUAGACAGGACUGUUCAUGUAAAGGUGUGGUUGUCAUACGCCAAGUUUGAACUGAAUGCAGAGAAUGCUGACAACAUCAAUGUGGAGAUGGCGCGACGCGUCUAUGAACGAGCCAACGACAAUCUAAGAAGUGCUGGAGAAAAGGAGGCCAGAGUACUGCUACUAGAGGCUUGGAAAGACUUCGAAACUGAAAUAGGAGAUGAAAUCAAACUUGAGAAGGUGCUAGCUAAAAUGCCUAGAAGGGUUAAAAAGAGACAGAAGAUUGUCAGUGAAAGUGGAGUGGAAGAGGGAUGGGAAGAGGUGUUUGAUUACAUCUUCCCUGAAGAUGAGAUGGUGAGGCCCAAUCUCAAACUGCUGGCUGCUGCUAAACAAUGGCGCUUGCAGAAGGAACAACCUGAAACUACUGAAACUGAUGAUUUGAAUAAAGAGGAUGAUAGCAGUAAAAAUGCUGAAAAAGACAGUGAUGAAAGUGAACAAUCCCAGGAGAGUGACAAAUAAUUGUAACUUUAGUAUUGAUUGUAUGGAUUAAAAUAAACAAAAUCUUAUUAAAA